AUGUUCACUUCAAAAUCCAACUCUGUCUCCCCUUCUCCGUCCAUGGAACAGGCAGACUCGGAUGUCUUGGAUAUCAGCACCAAAGUGCAGCUGUAUGGCGUGCUCUGGAAGAGACCCUUUGGGAGGCAGUCUGCCAAAUGGUCCAGGAGGUUCUUCAUCAUCAAGGAGAGUUUUCUGCUUUACUAUUCUGAGAGUGAAAAGAAGAGCUUUGAAAGCAAUAAGUACUUCAAUAUCCAUCCCAAGGGCGUCAUACCUCUGGCGGGCUGCAUCGUGGAAGCCAAAGAAGAGCCCAACAUGCCUUUUGCCAUGAAGAUCUCCCAUGAGGACUUCCACGGUAACAUUGUGCUGGCAGCAGAGUCAGAAUUUGAGCAGGCUCAGUGGCUGGAGAUGUUGCAGGAGUCUGGAAAAGUGACCUGGAAGAAUGCUCAACUGGGAGAAGCCAUGAUUGAGAGCCUGGAAGCUCAGGGGCUCCAGCUGGCCAAGGAGAAGCAGGAGUAUUUAGAUAAGCUGAUGGAAGAGACAGAGGAGCUGUGUCUGCAGAGGGAGCAAAAAGAGGAGCUGGAGCGUCUUAACCAGGUGCUAGAGGCAGAGAAGCAGCAGUUUGAAGAGGUGGUACAGGAGCUGCGGCUGGAGCAACAGCAGAUUAAACGGGAGCUGGAACUGACAGCCCAGUCCCUCAAAGGAGUGGAGGAGGAGAAGAAGGAACUGCGAAGCCUGACAGAGUCCUUACAGAAUACACUGGAGGAGCUCUCCCGGGAAAAGCAGAGAACCCUGGAGAUGCUGGAGGAGAAUGAGAGCCAACUUCAGCCCCUGGCCAAUGCUAGCAAGCAGCCAAACCCCACCGGCGGUCUGCACAGCAACCUGCGCCAGAUUGAGGAGAAGAUGUACCAGCUGCUGGAGGAGAAAGUCUUGGCAGAGAGAAGGAUGAAGGAGAAUGAGGAGCGGUCCCGAGCCUUGGAGGAGGAGCGGGAGUUUUACUCAUCUCAGUCACAGGUGCUGCAGAACUCGCUCUCAGAACUGACUGCAGAGAAACAGCAGACAGAGAGAGACCUCAAGGCUGAGAUGAAGGUGCGUAUGGAUCUAGAGAAGAGACUGAGGGAGGCUGAGGAAGCCCUACAUAGCUUGGAGCAAGGCUUAAAUUCUCUGGAUCGCAACAAAGAGAAGGAGGAGAAAAUGAAAACAGACGUCAGCAAUUUGAAAAAGUUCUUUGAGGAGUGCAUCCGGAAUGCCGAGCUGGAAGCCAAGAUGCCCGUGAUCAUGAAGAACUCCGUGUACCUCCACAAGGCUGCCACCCGCCGGAUAAAGAGCUGCCGGCUUCACCGCAGGAGGUCCAGCGCUUCAUGGAAUGACUUGAAACAGUCCCAGUCGUUCAUCUUCUCCCAGACAGAAGCCGAUAACAUUGAGGAGCUGAAGGAGGCAGCCAAGAGGCUGAGCCGGGACCAGCACUUCCGAGAAACCCUCUAUCAAAUCAUGAUGUCACAAAAAAAUUCUGCUUCAGGGGACGAAAAGUGA